UCCAUGCUGCUUGCUGCCAUGCCCCCUGAAAGGGCUCAUCAAAUCUCUAAAACUCACAUCCAUACAGAAAUCUUGUGUUUUUCAUUGAUGGAGAAGAUGAUUGCAGUGCUGGUGCUUCUGAUCCUGACGUCAGGAACUACGGGUGUUGGUGGGUCAGUGUCUUUUGAAAACCCAAACACUUGUGCCUUAAAGGGAUCAUCAGUAAAGCUCGGGUGCUCGUACACCUACCCAGAUUCGGAAACUGUUAAAUCGAUUGCAUGGUUCAAAGGGGCAUCAAAAAAUGGCACCUGGAAACGUGUUGCGCUCUCAGAACUUCCUUCAUAUCAGAAUCGUUCUGAAUAUAUUGGUGAUCUACAGCACAACUGCAGCCUGGCAAUUCAUGACCUGCAGAUUAACGACACUGGACAUUACUACUUCAAGUUUGAUACAGAGUUAUUUGGAAGGCGGAGUAAAACAUCAGUGCACCUGACUGUCACAGAGCUGAGUGCCAGAGUGCACCCUGACCCAGUGAGAGCAGGAGACAAAGUGACCCUUGAGUGCAGAACAUCCUGCCAACUUUCCAACAUAGUCUGGUUCAAAGAUGGGAGUCCAGUAACCAAACCAGAGUUUGAGGCUAAAGCAGAGGAUGCUGGCAAUUAUGUAUGUGCUUUUGAAGGACAGGAGUCAGUGAUGUCUGACCCUGUGUCUCUGGAUGUUCAGUAUCCCCCAAUGAAUGUAUCUGUUGAGAUGAGCUAUCCUGCGAUCCUGACAGUAGGCACCAGUGUGAACCUGACUUGCCACAGUGCUGCUAACCCUGCAGCAGACAGCUACACCUGGUACAGGGGUACUGCUUCCAGUUUCAGGUCCAUGCUGUAUGUGGGCUCAGGACAGGUGCUGUCUCUCCCCUCUGUGGAGGCGUCCUACACUGGACUCUACCUCUGCCAGGCCAGGAACACAGUGGGGGGAAACAACUCAACCAAGCUGCUGCUGCAUCCACUGUCAAAAGCAGUAAUAGUGGGAAAUACAGACAGUGAGCAUGCAGGUAACCAUGUCAUUUCCCUUGUUAGUACAGUCUUAAUCACUAUGUUGCUACAAUUGUAAUGAUCUUGACAUGCAGGAAGAAACGUAAUAAUGUUGUGGAUGAAAAGGAGAGCAGCAAUGAUUAUGAAUACAUCGUCAUGACCAAAAUCAAAAACAAAGUUACACAGAAGGAAAUGUCUGCAGAUUGCCUCCGCCUGAGCCUGGUGACAUUUCAUUACACUCCGUACAUGACUUGAGAAUGUCUG